GCGCGGGGCGGCGGGCACCAUGAGCUGGAUCCCGUUCAAGAUCGGGCAGCCCAAGAAACAGAUUGUACCCAAGACAGUGGAGAGAGACUUUGAGAGGGAAUAUGGGAAGCUGCAGCAAUUGGAAGAGCAGACCAAAAAACUUCAGAAGGAUAUGAAGAAAAGCACGGACGCAGAUUUGGCCAUGUCCAAAUCAGCAGUGAAGAUCUCUUCAGACCUGCUGUCCAACCCGCUGUGCGAGCAGGACGCUGCCUUCCUGGAGAUGGUCACCGCCUUCGACACCGCCAUGAGGAGGAUGGACUCCUUCAACCAGGAGAAGGUCAAUCAGAUCCAGAAGACGGUGAUUGAGCCCUUGAAAAACGUUCUGCUGGCACUGGAAGGAGGGUUUGUGUGCCUGCAGCUCCGUGGGUCCGUUCCAAGGAGGGGUGUCAGUGGGCUGGGGGUGGAACCGUGGGAUCACAGCAUGGCUUGGAACGGACCUGAAGGACCAUCGGGCUCCGGCCACCAACACGAGGGGAUCCAAGAGGAGGUGACAACGUUAAGGCCUUUCCUGCAGCUCUGUGGGUUCAGCCCUGGGCAGUGGGUGAGGAGUGAUGCUGCAUGGAGAGCCGUGUUGGUGGGCAGGGACGCAUCGCACCUGCAGCGCUCUGCCCCGCUGCGCUCGGAGCAGAAGCAGCCACAGCUGCACCCUGCAGCAUCCUCUGCUGCAGAGCAGAGCAGAGCAGCUUUCGCAGCCCCUCGCUCUCCCGUUUCCCCGCUGUCUGGAGCCGUUUCCAGCUGUUCUGUGGUGGAGGAGAGGCAGCGAAAUAUGGGGUUGUGGGGCACAAACAUGGGGUUGGGGGGCACAGAUCUGGGGUUGGGGGCACAAACACGGGGUUGUGGGGCAGUUGCUGUCCAUGUCCCGCAGUGCCCGCAGCCAGGGGUCCCAUUGCUGUGCUGUGGGGUCACGGAUUCCAUUCCCAGCCCCCCAUUCCCCCCCCAGGCCCGGGAGGAGCUGCGCCCGGUGAAGGAGGACUUUGAAGCCAAAAACAAGCAGCUGCUGGAGGAGAUGCCCAAAUUCUACAGCAGCCGCAUCGAUUACUUCAAACCCAGCUUCGAGGCGCUGCUCCGGGCACAGGUUGUGUUCUACUCAGAGAUGAGGACCAUUUUUGGGGACCUGACGGCGCAGAUCGGCCGCCCGGCGCUGAGCGAUGAGCAGCGGGAGCGCGAGAAUGAGGGCAGGCUGGGGGAGCUGCGGGCGCUCAGCAUCGUGGCUGACGACUGAGAGCUCGGGGGGGUCAGCACUGCGCCCCCAGACCCACAGUGCGCCCCCAGACCCACACUGCGCCCCCACUGAUGGGGGGUGGAUGUGGGGCUGCAGCUUUGCCCUCCUGCAGAGGUUCCUCUUGGGGGGAGGAGAGGUGGGGGGCAAAGCGGGGUUCCCCCACUGUGGGUCGUGAGCCCCCCCCGCCAUAAGCAGUGCCCCCAUAUCUGUCCCUAUGUGCCCCCCCUCCCGCUAUGGACAGUGGCCCUAUAUCUGCCCCCCAAAGUGCCUCCCCCCGUGCUCAGUGCCUCUAC